GGGGGGAGUUCCCGCAGUGGCGGAGGUCGGGACUGAGACCGGUACCGGUAUCGAUACCGCGUCCGGGCCGGAGGAGUGGAGGCGAUGGGAGCCCCAGGGGGCUUGAGUGGAGACCGUGAGAGCCGGCGCCGCCUUUCCGCCGAGGUGGCUUCACCUUAUUGACCCGCCUGGUUCCAGCAAGGCCCCGAGAGCUGUCAUGGAGGAGCUGGUAGAGGAUGACAUCUGUAUUUUGAACCAUGAAAAAGCAGACAAUGCUCACAAGCGAGAUGGGGAGAUUCCUGUUUCAUCUUACAGUGGAGAUGAGUCUGUUGCCUCCCACUUUGCUCUUGUCACUGCAUAUGAAGAUAUCAAGAAGCGGCUAAAGGAGACAGAGAAGGAGAACUCCUUCUUAAAGAAAAGAGUGAGAAUUCUAGAAGAAAAGUUGCUUGGCACCCGACUGGAAGAGGAAUGCACUUCAGUUGGACGUGAGCAAAUAAAUCAGGCGUACCAAGCCUAUCGAGAGGCCUGUAUUGACAGAGAUAAUCUUAAAAGCAAACUGGAUAAAGUGAUUAAAGAAAAUGCAGAAUCCUUGAAAAACUUGAAUGAACAGUUGCAGUCUAAGGAAGUAGAGCUGUUACAACUAAGAACUGAAGUGGAAACUCAACAAGUGAUGAAAAAUAUGAAUUGUACUCAGUCCAGCUGGGAAAUAGAGAAGCUCAACAGUGACCUGAAAGUUUAUAGUCUGGAAAAGGAUCUAGAAGGCCUCAAGCAAGAGUGCAACAGUCUCAGACAGGAGUUGGAAAAAUCCAAGCAGAAGGACCAGGCUCAGGAUGCAAAUCCAUUAAAUGGAGACUCUCUCCAAAGGCAAGACAUCCAGAGCGUGCAACAAGCAUAUUGGGAACUGAAGAGAGAAAUGUCUAAUUUGCACCUAGUGACUGACAUGCAAGCUGAGAUUCUACGAAAACUGAAAAAAACCCCAGCAGCGUCCAAGAAAGCUGCCUCUACUGCACCAGUACAAUGUGUUGACUUGAACAUUUCAAAGCUGAAUUUGACACCUGGAGUAGUCUAUAAAAAACUGUCACAGAAUGAUGAAGUAUUCUGCAAUGCUCUGUCUCCCCCUCUGCCAAGAGAUGUAAAAACCCCAUCUGAAAGGGUGACACUACAAGCAUGGACAGAUGAGAGACCCAUUCCAGUUGAUGGGCAAACGUUUCAGGAACACCAUUCUUAUGGAAGGAGCUCUCUGGAAGAUAAUUCCUGGGUAUUUCCAAGUCCUCCAAAGCCUAAUGAGAAUGCAUUUUGGGAAAUGAAAAGUAAAACAGCCUUGUUAAACUGUCCAGCAGAUUACCUGGAUCAGUGUAAUCAAAACUGUCUGCACAAAAGUUAAAAAAAAAUUUAGAACAAAUGGAGGGAUUUUUAUAGAAUGGUUCUGAAUAGGCACCUUAACACUUGAACUUCUCAAAAGGGAAAACAAAUUGUUUGCAAUGUUUUUCUUUUUUUCUUUUUUUUUUUUUUUUAACCUCUAGUUUUGAAACAGAGCCUUGUCUUCCUCUGCUGUAAAUCAGGAGCAAGUUCCUUGAAGUUAAAGCUGUGCUGAUACAAUGUAAAUGUAAAUCUAUCAUAUAAAGAAAUUUAGGUAGUUGGUUCCUGCAAAUGGUAUACAUUUGCAUAAGAACAUUUGAAUAGUGAGUUCUUGGAAUAAAAAUAAAAGAAUCUAGUUCUGUAUUUGCUUGCUAUUUGUAUGUUAUCAAGAAAAUACCUGGUAUUCUGUGUUAAAACCUCUAACAGUUCUGAGCUUAUUGUUUUGCCCUUUUUUUUCAGAGUAAGACAAAUUGAAGAUUUAGAUUGUCUGUUCCUUCCUCCUUUCAAUUAGCUUUGAUUCCUCUGGUUUAGAAAAGCAUUCUAAUUUUUAACCAAGAAAGGUGAGAUUUAUUUUUUUUUUCUCUUAAUCUUUAUUUAUAUUAGAUAGUACCAAGAGAAAAAUCACUUAGGCCAUCCUGUUCAGAUUGCACCAAUUCAGGGCCUUACUGUGAACUGUAAAGGAUCAUAAGUAAUGUUGCUGAACAUUGAAUCCUGGAUGUUCAGCUUGUUUCCCUCAGUUCAUGCUGUAGGAAACUGACUUAAUUCUGUGCACAGUGGUGCCUGCCACAGAAUCAUCCUGCUCACAGUGCAGGUACUCUUAUUGUGCCUCCUUUGCACAGCACCAGAACCUUGACUUCGUGUGGUGGUGAAGGCUAUUAACUUUUAUUUUAUUAAAGAAACAAAGCCUUAAUUUAAUCAGACUAAGUGUUGUAGCAUUGUUGAUACACAUGAGAAAGUAUUUUUGUGGAAUCUUUAGUAUGCCACAAAGGACAAGUUAUUUGAAUUAAAACUGCCUGCUUUAUAGAUUACAGAUGUAUUAGUACUAAUUUUAUUGUUUUCCUUUUAAAGCAAAGAACAAUAUAUGCCUUUUUUUUUUUUUAACUUCUCUGCUUAUACAACAGUGUUAAGCCUUGACUGCUCAAUACGCUGAAGAAAAUGCUUUGUAUUUUAGAUCCAUGACACCUAACUUGUAAUGGGUGGCUGAAGUAUUCAACUUCACAGGUCCACUUUAAGAUCAAUGUAAUAAAAAAUAAUUUCACAUCUA